AAAAAACCCCUUUCUCUUCUCUUCUUUUCUCUUUCCUUUCUCUUUCUCUCUCUGUAUGUAUGUAUGUCCGUUGCAUUUAUAUAAACAUGCAGUAGAGCGUUUCUCCAUUUUUUUUUUUUGAAAAUUUUUGUGGUAAAUGAGUGUGAAUAUUGGGCAUCCCCCAGAUUGCCCAAAUCUAGCUCAUUUUCAUCGUUUAUGGUUUUGAUUUUGCUAAUCAAUUCCAAGGAUUGCGACUCAUUCUACUACCGUUAGCAGUAUUUUUUUUUGUUUCCUUCCUUUUUCCUUUCCUUUUCUGCUCCCUCUCGCUUUACUCUCUUCGCCUCUCAGCUUCUUCUACAAGUUGAUGUUCAAAACAGAAUCCUAAGUUUACCUUUUUUCUCUUUUUUUUUCAACUAUGGAUCUGCUUAUUUGACAGUUGUUUUUAUCACUGUUUUCCUUGAAAGCUCAUGCAAUUGCUUCAAUGCCGUUUCCUGUUUGCCCCCGUCACAUCGCUUACCCGCUUGCAUUAUAAAUGAAUUUCGACACUCGUGCUUCCGUCCCGCUGCUUCCGAGUCUCGCGAUGCUCCUUGUGUUUAUCUGCUUGUUGUUAGUCUCGCCUCUACUGGUUCAAUCUUUUGAUGCUAAUGCCUCUUCGACAAGCGCCGCCAGAGCCCUGGAUGCGCUCCUUCAAGACUAUGCUUACAGGGCCUUUGUACGCCCUAGGACUGGAGUGCCCUACGAUGCCCGCGUUCCUUCUAAUUUCACUGGGAUUAGCAUUACAGCAAUGAGGUUGAGGAGUGGUAGCUUGCGGACCAGGGGUGUGAGGAUGUACAAGGAGUUCGAGAUCCCCAUUGGAGUUGUGGAGCAACCUUAUGUGGAAAGGCUUGUUUUGGUUUACCAGAACUUGGGCAAUUGGUCCCUGCGGUAUUAUUCGCUUCCCAACUACACCUAUCUCGCUCCUGUUCUGGGUCUUCUUGCUUAUGAUGCUUCUAACUUAUCGGCUACCAAUUUGCCGGAAUUGGAUUUAAGAGCAUCUGGGGAUCCUAUAAAAAUCAAGUUUUCAGAUGUUCGAUUGGCUCCCAAUGGGUCACUGCCCAAGUGUGUUUGGUUUGAUUUACAUGGUUUGGUUAAAUUAAGUAACUUGACAUCAGCCAAUGAGUGUUCAACUAUCCAACAGGGGCAUUUUUCUAUCGUUACUGAGUCAAUUGCGCCACCAAGCCCACCAACCAGAAGUGAAGGAAAGGAGAGUAAUAGAAGAACAUGGAUAAUUGUUGCUUCUGUUGUGGGUGGAGUGGCAUUGCUGGCAUUCUUGGGAUUCCUUGUACUCUGGGCACGCAAAUGCAAGCGGAGAAAGAAAAUGCAAGAGAUGGAAAAGGCUGCUGAAGUGGGAGAAGCACUACAUAUGACCUCCGUUGGGGAUACAAAAGCACCGUCGGCAACGGUCACUCGGACUCAACCAACUCUUGAGAACGAAUAUGUGCCCUAACCCUCAUACGAGCAUUUUCCUGUAUUCAGUAAUUCUUCUGGUCACAGCCUCACACCCAUUCUUUUUCUUUCUAGCGGUUUGUUCUUGGUAACCUCUCGGUUGUAGUGUGGGUAAUAUAGGAUUCUUUUUUGUGUAGGUCUGUUAUUAUUGCUCAAAAAUCUUUUCAUAAUUCUAUGAUUCAUUGUGGUGUGCAUUUAGCCGAAAUGAUUUUAUUCUAUAUGUCAUGAAUUAUAGUUGUCUCAUUCGUAUGGAAUAAAACCUUUUUUUUCUUCC